GGCAACUGGUAAUGUUUUAACACAUUUAGCACAAAUGAAACAAAACAUGAGCUUAUCAAUAUCUAAUAAAAUGACUAAUACUGAACAUGAACCUUUGCUCUUGUAAUAAACAGUUCAAAACAAUACAUUUCAAAUGGCUAGUUCUACUGUUUCCUCAGUGAUGGAUUGGUCGAGAGAACAAAUCAAGUUUUAUUUAAAAAGGGAAGGUUUGUCUGAAGAGGCUAUAACAGUGUUAUGUGAUGAUAAUGGUGUAGAUGGAAAAUGUUUGUUAUUAUUAAAUGACAAUGAUUUUACCCAGGCCCCUUUAAAUAAAUUAACCUUAAGAGACAGAAAGUGCCUUUUCUUAGCUUACAAGCUCCUACAAAGGGAAAAUCAAAGUUCCCUUCAAGAACUUGGUGUUGUAGAACAACAUUAUCAUGUAUAUAGUUGCCAAACUUAUGGUAAAGUUGAAAGUGAAUAUGGAGAUUCGGAAAGAAUAUCACCACCAUUAUCAGAAGAUGGUAGACCCAGAUAUCCUCCAGAAAAAAGAAAAGCCUUCCUUAGCUUUAUGUAUGUUGUAGCAGUUACUUGGAUUACAGCUUUCGUUAUGGUAAUAGUACAUGACAGAGUACCUGAUAUGGAAAAGUAUCCACCUCUUCCAGACAUAUUUUUAGAUAAUGUCCCUUUAAUUCCAUGGGCAUUCGAUAUGUGCGAAAUUACAGGAACUGUUUUGUUUACAAUGUGGUUAAUCGUAUUAAUUUUUCAUAAGCACAGAUUUAUUCUUAUGCGAAGAUUUUUUGCCCUUUCCGGAACAGUCUUCCUUUUGCGAUGUGUUACUAUGCUCAUAACGUCCCUAAGUGUUCCCGGAUCUCACCUACAAUGUCAGCCAAAAUUAUAUACCACACAAGCCAAAGGGAUUUUUGGAGAUUUAGCGAGAAAAUUAUCACAAGCUUUUGUGAUAUGGAGGGGAGCCGGAAUGUCCAUUAGAGGUGUGCGAACAUGUGGUGAUUACAUGUUUAGUGGGCAUACAGUAGCUUUAACUAUGUUGAAUUUUUUCAUCACCGAGUAUACUCCAAGGUACAUUUAUUACCUUCACACUCUUUCUUGGAUGAUGAAUAUGUUCGGCAUCUUUUUUAUAUUAGCAGCUCACGAGCAUUAUUCCAUAGAUGUUUUUGUAGCAUUUUACAUUUCAAGCAGACUAUUUUUAUACUAUCAUACUUUGUCCAAUAAUCAGGCAUUAAUGCAAAGAGAUUCAACAAGAACAAGAGUUUGGUUUCCACUUUUUUCCUAUUUUGAGUCCAGCGUGGAAGGAAUUGUACCCAACGAGUACGAAACACCAAAGCAAAUAGUAGCAAAUAUUAUAAGGUUUGUCCAUGGAUUUUUCAUUGAUGUUAAGAAGACAGUAUCCCAGCCCUUGGUUACUGUUUCUUCUAAACCGGUUAUUCAAAAAAGUAGCAAAACAAUGAAAGAUAAUAGUCGAAAUUCCAAAACAAAUAUUAAGAACAGUGUGGAUCCUGAGGAAAGAAAAAAGAAAUAAAUCGGUUUUGUUAAGGUAUUUAUGCAGGCCAGUCAAACUUUGGUAGUUUCAUAAACUUGUUUAUACAUUUUGGUAUAAGCAAAAGCAUAUACGGAAUAUUUAAUGUCCAAAUUUAUAUUAUAAAUGCUUAACGACAAGUCGUUACAGUAGUAUCUUUCCAGAGCUUAGAUAAUAUGUGAACAACAUUCACCCACGUUUCGUUCAGAUAAUAAAUAUUUUUGUGGACAGAAAAACCUCUUUAAUAGAGCGAACAUAAGCGAAGAUCGUCUCCAUGAGACCAAAUCUUCUAUUUCUAUUAAGACAGAUACGGAUCGUUUGGCAUAUAUAAAUUUUAAAUCUUCUUUUAUUAUUAUCCUUAACGUCUUUUUGCUCAUUUUUUGAAUGAGAUAAUUAGUGCGUAUAAUUAAUUUCUGGUGGCUUCGGUGCCAAUCGGCUCGUUCUGCAAUGCAUUUAAUUGCGACAACGGAUACUCCCGUUGAAAAUG